AUGUCAAAUCCUAUUUUCGCACUUCUCGCUUCCCAAAUUUUGAAUGGUGAAAACUUUGUCAAAUGGAAAAGCAACAUGAAUAUCCUCUUGAUCUGUGAAAACUACCAUUUUGUCCUUAAGGAGGAUUGUCCUCCAGUGCCUCCAACCAAUGCCGCCAGGGAUUUGACUGAGCGAUAUGACCGCUGGAUCAACGCCAACAACAAGGCCCGUUGUUACAUGUUAGCAGCAAUGAAUGAAGUGCUGAGAACUCAGCACAAAGGCCUUGUGACUGCUAGAGAGAUCAUGGACACUCUUCAGAGGAUGUUUGGAUGUCCAUCUGAUUCAGCCCGACACGCUGCUGUCAAAGCCAUUAUGAACGGCCGUAUGAAGAAUGGUUCUUUUGUACGUGAGCAUGUGCUUAAGAUGAUUAAUCAUCUUAAUGAGGCUGAAAUUAAUGGGUCUCAGAUUGAUGAGAAGACCCAGGUUGGUAUCAUACUAGAGACACUUUCUCCUGAUUUCCUUCCAUUCAGGACAAGUUAUCUGAUGAACCAAAAGAAUGAUAACUUAACUGAGCUCCUGAAUGAGCUGCAACAAUUUGAAUCCCUUAUAGGUGAUAAGGGAGGCAAGGCAAACGUUGCUGAAGCCAACGCAGCUAAGGGGAGGCCUUCUUCAUCAAAGAAUAAGAAGAAGACGAAUUAA